CCAUCUCUGAUUCGCUCGUCGUCUCUGCCUCCCCUGGCUCCGCGCCGCCCUCCUCGAUGCGCGCCAUGGCGUCUCCCUGCCACUCCCCCUUCCCGCUCUCCCCGCCGUCCUCCUGCCAUGGAGGAGGUGUCCUCCAGCUUGCCGCCACUCGAGCCGCGGCUAGUCCUUUCGCGUGCUACUGCAGAGCACCGGCGUCCCCGGGCGGCGACCACGACGACCACGACGCGGGGAUACUGCAGGCGCUCGCGUCCAACGGCAACGGGAGCGUAGUAUCGACGCAGAAGGUUCUUGAUCCGGGUAGCGAGGGGGACGAGUCGGGUGACGGCGGCGGGAGGCGGCCGAGCUCGCGGCUCCGGGCGAGGGACUGUGCUAAACGGAUCAUGGGCCUCCCCGUCGAGGAGCGGGUCAAGGUGCUCGACCUCCUGCAGUGCAAAGACGGCGAGCUCACUGUGUCGGACUACAACGACAUCAUCUCCGCGCUCGCCAGGGCCGGGGACCACGACUCCGCGGUGGCGCUCUUCCGGGCGCUCCGGCCCAACGGCGUCGUGCCCGACGCGCAGUCCUACGACACUGCCGUCCAGUGCCUCUGCCGGAAGGGCGCGCCCGACGAGGCCAAGGAGGCGCUCGACGAGAUGGUGGCGCGCGGCUUCGGCCCCACCAUCGCCACCUUCUCGGCCGUCGUGGGAUGCCUCUGCAAGCGUGGUCGCAUCAGCAGAGCCAUGGAGGUGUUCGACACCAUGCGCGCCGUCGGAUGCGAGCCCACCAUCCGCACCUACAACAACCUCAUCGGCGGUCUCUGCUACGUCGGACGGCUCGAGGAGGCGCUGGACCUCCUCAACAAGCUCAAGGAGUCGCCCAAGCAGACGCCGGACAUCUACACGUUCACCAUCGUCCUCGACGGAUUCUGCAAGGUCGGGCGGACCGACGAGGCCACGGCCAUCUUCCAAGACGCCGUCAGGAAUGGCCUCUCGCCGACGAUAUUCACCUACAACGCCCUGCUCAACGGCCACUGCAAGGAGGGGAAUCCGCUCAAGGCGUACAGCCUGCUCAUGGAGAUGUGCGGCAACGGCGCCUGCCCGCCGGACAAGAUCAGCUUCAGCAUCGUGCUGCAGGCGCUGCUGCGCGCGGGCGAGACCUCCGCGGCGUGGCAGACGUACAAGCGGAUGGAGCGCGCCGGGUUCGAGGCCGACGGCCGCGCCCUGGACACGCUCGCCAGGGGCCUGUGCCGGCGAUGCGCGGCGGACAUCUCGGCCCUCGCCGACGCGAGGGAGGUGUUCGCCACGCUGGUGGCAUCCGGGCACGAGCCGGUGUCCUACACCUACUGCCUGAUGGCGCAGGCGCUGGCGCGCGGCGGCGAGGUGGACGCGGCCGUGUCGCUCCUGGGCGACAUGGCGCGCAAGGGGUACGCGCUGCGGAAGCGGGCCUACACCGACGUCGUCCGCGCGCUGUGCGAGCGGGGCAGGUCGCGCGACGCGCUCCGGGUGCUGGCGCUGGUGAUCGCCAGGGACUUCGUGCCCGGCCGGAACGCGUUCGACGCGCUGCUCGGCGAGCUCGCCCGGCAGGGGAGGUGGCCCGACGCGAUGGCUGUGUACGCCGCCGCCGUGAAGCGCGGCGUCCUGGUCUCCUUGAAGCGGCACAGCAAGGAGGCGUUGCUGGCGCAGGAGACGCGCGAAUCGUCGGUGCAGCUGAGCGUUCCGCAGUGAGCAGUUGUGCCCAAGAAAAUUCACGCAUUUUGGGGGGCUCUCCUGCUGUUUGAAGCUCCGAAUUAGUCUGCACCGAUCAAAGGCAACGACAUUGUUUGCAUGCGAGUACACGACCGGCCUCUUUUUUUUGACAAUUUGGAAGGGAAUAGGCGAAAACGCAACCAAAUUCUGCAUGAUCACCUCGAGUUUGAUCGACGCGCAACCCGCCGGGAGCAUCGGUUUCGAGCAUUUUGGCUCCCUGUGUCAGCAACGAGCGCGACUAAAGUUGUUCAGUCAUUCGGCGAAUCGGUCGUGAGGGUGUAGCUUGCUUCGGUUGCUGCCUGUGACUUGUAAGCUGUAAGUAGAACGAAAUUGGAGGGGGCUAUGAUUCUUUUAAGUUGGUGUUUACGCAGCUAUAUGUGAUCAUCGGUUACUACACCACACACAAGUAAAUCUGUAAAAUGCCCUUGUUUAUCAUAAGUCGAAAAUUGCUCGACCCUGUAAAGAGAACCCCCAAAGAGCGGAAGCAAUUUUUUAGAA